CAAUGCAGCCUGACACGUGAGUGCACACGAGGUCAGUCUCUAGUACAAGAUGGCCACUAAAGACCGUCCCACAUUAGCAGGAGAGAAGUUCAAGACUCGUAAAAGGGAUGAGAGGACUAAGUUUGACCCCACCUCAUUUGCUGAGCAACUUAUUACUGGAAUAAACGAGACAGAUGGAAGUAUAGAGGAAAUUGCUAAAUACUUGGACCAGGCUGGAAGUCUACUGGACUAUAGACGUUAUGCGGAGCCUUUGUUUGACGUCUUGAUUGCUGGUGGAUUCUUAGCACCUGGGGGCAAAAUCAUGUCCGUUCCACGAGCAGAAGUGUGUGUGUUCGCAUGUGAGCCCAUGGUGGAGGCAGUUAGGGUACAUGUACAGUUACUGACCAAACUAGCACUGCAGAGGUAUAAGUAUCUGCAGAAGCCACUGAUGGAAGAGAUGCUCAAAAUACUCAAGUUUCUGAAAGCAUUCACAGAUGAUGAGAGGCGUGCUCUGGCCAUCUUCACUGCUCUGUGCAUAUCCGAGUCUUUGUUUCCUGUCUCUGUCAUCGCCAGUCUACUAACCACUGAGUCAAUAGUGAAGGAAGGUCUCAGUCUAAGCUUCUCCACUGUCAUGUUUCAGACCUGGAUUAAGGAGAAAGGAAUUGGACACAUCAGCAGCUCUCUCAGAAAAAAGGCUCUAGACAGCAGACUUUUAGAACUAUUGCCAUCUACCAGGCGUUCUGCUAUUCAUUUUGACGAUCAUUUCACAAAAGAGGGUUUGGAAGAUUUAGUCAAGUUUAGAAGAAAUCAAGAAUGUUCAGCGUCGCGUAAGAGACUGCAAGAGGAAAUUAAUGAAGUAUUAGCUCGAGAUGAGGACAUCAAGUCAAUGGCAGAUGAUAUUGCCAAAUGUGGCCAAGAAUAUCAGCAGAAUAAAUUGCUUACCGAUUCAGACAUUACUGUGAUGCUUUGGAACUGUGUCAUGGAUGCAGCUGAACUGAGUUACAAUGAAGAUGUAGCAAAGGAACAAGUCCUAAAGCACCUCAAGGGCUUCUGUCCAUCAUUCUUGCCAUUCUGUGAACAAGGCACUCCACAACUCACACUACUCGUCAAGAUGCAGGAUUAUUGUUACGAUAAUGCACUCAUGACCAAAAUCUUCUACAAGAUUGUUUAUCUCUUCUAUAACAAGGAUGUUAUAACUGAACAAGCUAUUCUCAAGUGGUAUACUGAUGCCCAUUUAGCUAAAGGCAAGGCUGUGUUUCUACGACAGAUGAAACCUAUUGUAGACUGGCUGGAGACAGCUGAACAAGAAUCAGUCUCUGAAGCUAAAGACUCACAAAUGGACACUACAUAAUUUUUUUGAUUUAUAUAGAGCUAGCCUGUUUUAUCAUGUGUUGGAUGAAAUUC